UGCUCCUACCUCUGCUACAGCCUCCUCUGCUGUUGCGGCGGCUCCGCCGCGCCCCGCGCCCGCUGCGCGCCCGCCCGCAGCGCCGCCGCCGCCAAGAAACUUCUGCAGAAGUCGCGGGCGUGCGGGCGGCCUCCCGCAGAGCCUCCGGGCAGCACCGCGCCCGCCCGUCGCCCUCGGGAGCCCCCGGCCCCGCCCGCCGGCAGCGCCCCGGGCCCGGCCCGUCCGGGCAGCAAGCGGCUGCCGCAGGCCAUCGUGGUGGGCGUCAAGAAGGGCGGCACCCGCGCCGUGCUGGAGUUCAUCCGCGUGCACCCCGACGUGCGCGCCCUGGGCACCGAGCCCCACUUCUUCGACCGCAACUACGACCGCGGGCUGGAGUGGUACAGGAGCCUGAUGCCACGCACACUCGACAGCCAGAUCACGGUGGAGAAGACCCCCAGCUACUUUGUCACCAAGGAGGCCCCACGGCGGAUCUUCAACAUGUCACGGGACACCAAGCUGAUCGUGGUGGUGCGCAACCCCGUCACCCGCGCCAUCUCGGACUACACGCAGACACUCUCCAAGAAGCCUGACAUCCCCACCUUCGAGGGGCUGUCCUUCCGCAACCGCAGCCUGGGGCUGGUGGACACCUCCUGGAACGCCAUCCGUAUCGGGAUGUACGCCGUGCACCUGCAGAGCUGGCUGCAGUACUUCCCCCUCUCUCAGAUCCACUUUGUCAGUGGGGAGAAGCUGAUCACCGACCCAGCUGGGGAGAUGGGCAAGGUGCAGGACUUCCUGGGCAUCCGGCGCGUCAUCACCGACAAGCACUUCUACUUCAACAAGACAAAAGGCUUUCCUUGCCUGAAAAAAACAGAGAGCAACAGCUCACCGCGCUGCCUGGGCAAAUCCAAGGGGAGGACUCACGUGCAGAUAGACCCCGAGGUGAUAGAGCAGCUUCGGGACUUUUACAGACCUUACAACAUCAAGUUCUAUGAAACAGUCGGGCAGGACUUCAGGUGGGAAUGAGCAGCUGGGAGCAGAGCUGCAGUGACAUGAGCUGCAGUCUUCCAUGGGGCAAUGGGGGGACAGGGCCAGGACCUGCACAGCCCCAUUCUUCCUGCAGUCGCAGCAUGGCAGGAGGGGGCCAGGCUGCUGCGGGGUGAGCAGGGACAGGACCACAGUGCCCACAGGUGUCACAGGUGCUGCCAUCCCAAUGCACAGCUGUGGAGUCCUGUGUGUCAGUGCUGUGGUGAUGGCCCCACUUCUAGGGUAUGUCCCUCCUCAGCACCCCAAAGGGACCCGGGGCACGUAGAACAGAGGAUGUGCCCAGGGCAGGCAGGGCUCUGCUGCCCACUGCCUUCUGUCCCUGCAGAGCAGUGUGGCUAUCAAGAGGGUGAGAUGUAUCUGCUUGAAACAAAACGUCUUUGAAACGUGUUGUACCAAUAUUUUGUCCUGUGAAUAAAGCACAGACUCCUGCUGUUACGGGUACUUUAGUGGCACUAGUGUCCUUGUUCAGCAUGUGAUCCCUUGUGUAAAUAAAAGAGGCUAUCACCGGUCCUUA